AUGAAACCCCUCAAUCCUCUACUCCUCUUCAUUUUCCUCCUUUUUAUCACCUCCCAAAAAGUCCUUUCCUUCAAACGAGACGAGUUCCGCUACUGCAACCAAGCUCCAUUUUGCAAACGCGCCCGUUCUCGCUCUCCCGGCGCGUGCACUCUAGUCCCUCACGGCAUCUCCAUCACCGACGGCGAUCUCACUGCUACUCUCCUCUCUAAAAAUGAAAACCAAAUCCGACCGUUGAUUCUCUCCCUCUCUGUCUACCAAGAUGGAAUCCUCCGUCUCAAAAUCGACGAAGAUUACGAUCAUCCGGACCCACCAGCUCCUAAAAGACGGUUUCAGGUCCCUGAGGUCAUCCUUCCGGAGUUCGAAUCUAACAAACUCUGGCUCCAACGACUCUCAACGGAAACAGUUGACGGCGAAUCCUCUCCGUCAACUGUUGUUUACUUAUCCGAUGGAUACGACGCCGUUUUCCGUCACGAUCCGUUUGAGAUUUACAUUCGCGAUAAGAAAUCGGGUAAUCAGAAAUUAAUUUCCUUAAACUCUCAUCAAUUAUUUGAUUUCGAGCAAUUAAGAGUGAAAAAAGAAAAGCAAGAAGGAGAAGAUAACGAUAACAGUGAGAAUAAUGGUAGUGAUGAUAAUUGGGAGGAGAGAUUUAAAGGUCAUACUGAUACGAGACCGUAUGGACCGCAAUCGAUUAGCUUUGAUGUGUCUUUUUAUAAUGCCGAAUUUGUUUCUGGGAUUCCGGAACAUGCUACAAGUUUGGCGUUGAAGCCGACUAGAGGGCCGGGAGUUGAGAAAGAUUCGGAGCCGUACAGGUUGUUUAAUUUGGAUGUGUUUGAGUAUUUGAAUGAGUCUCCGUUUGGGUUGUAUGGGUCGAUUCCUUUGAUGAUUUCGCAUGGGAAAGAAGGGAGGACUGCGGGGUUCUUUUGGUUGAAUGCUGCGGAAAUGCAGAUUGAUGUGUUGGGAGAUGGGUGGGAUGCGGAGUCUGGGAUUGAGUUGGUUAAGCAGAAGAGGAUUGAUACGUUUUGGAUGAGUGAGGCGGGGAUUGUGGAUGUGUUUUUCUUUGUUGGUCCGGGACCGAAAGAUGUUGUGAGGCAGUAUACGAGUCUGACGGGGAGACCUUCGAUGCCCCAGUUGUUUUCGAUUGGGUACCAUCAAUGUAGGUGGAAUUACAGGGAUGAAGAGGAUGUGGAGAAUGUGGAUGCGAAAUUUGAUGAGCAUGAUAUUCCGUAUGAUGUUUUGUGGCUUGAUAUUGAGCAUACGGAUGGUAAAAGGUACUUUACUUGGGAUCCUGUGUUGUUUCCAAACCCGGCAGAGAUGCAGAAGAAGUUGGCAGCAAAAGGGAGGCAUAUGGUGACUAUUGUGGAUCCUCAUGUUAAGAGGGAUGAUUCGUUUAGGUUGCAUAAGGAGGCUACUGAGAAAGGGUAUUAUGUGAAGGAUGCUAGUGGGAAGGACUUUGAUGGGUGGUGCUGGCCUGGCUCAUCUUCUUACCCGGAUAUGUAUAAUCCGGAGAUUAGGUCGUGGUGGAGUGAUAAGUUCUCGUACGACUAUUAUGUCGGUUCAACUCCUUCAUUAUAUAUUUGGAAUGAUAUGAAUGAGCCUUCUGUGUUCAAUGGUCCAGAGAUCUCAAUGCCAAGAGAUGCUUUACACCUUGGAGGCAUUGAACACCGCGAGUUGCAUAAUGCCUAUGGCUACUACUUCCACAUGGCAACAUCUAAUGGUCUUCUAAAGCGUGGGGGUGGGAAUGACAGACCUUUUGUUUUGUCAAGAGCCUUCUUCCCAGGAAGUCAAAGAUAUGGAUCUGUUUGGACAGGGGAUAACACAGCAGAUUGGGAUCACCUGAGGGUUUCAGUUCCAAUGAUGUUGACACUUGGUCUCUCUGGAAUCUCAUUCUCUGGUGCGGAUGUUGGUGGGUUCUUUGGCAACCCAGAGCCUGAGUUGUUAGUUCGCUGGUAUCAACUUGGUGCUUUCUAUCCUUUCUUCAGGGCCCAUGCCCAUCAGGACACCAAGAGACGAGAACCUUGGUUAUUUGGAGAAAAAAAUACACGGCUAAUAAGAGAGGCCAUACAUGUUCGUUACAUGUUGCUUCCUUAUUUCUACACAUUGUUUAGAGAGGCAAACACUACUGGUCUUCCUGUUAUGCGCCCAUUGUGGAUGGAAUUUCCUUCUGAUGAAACUACUUUCACCAAUGAUGAGGCUUUCAUGGUUGGAAGUAGUAUCCUGGUGCAAGGAAUCUACACUGAGCGAGCAAAAUAUGCGUCUGUUUACCUGCCUGGGAAAGAAUUAUGGUAUGACAUUAGAACUGGAGCUUCAUACAAGGGAAGCAAAACCCACAAGCUGGAGGCUUCAGAGGACAGUGUUCCUGCUUUCCAAAGGGCUGGAACUAUUAUACCCAGGAAAGACCGGCUUCGUCGAAGCUCCACGCAGAUGGUGAACGAUCCUUAUACACUGGUGAUAGCUCUGAACAGUUCUAAAGCAGCUGAAGGCGAGCUCUACAUUGAUGAUGGCAAAAGCUUUGAAUUUUUGCAAGGGGCUUACAUCCAUCGCCGCUUUGUCUUUGCAAAUGGGAAGCUCACAUCCAUAAAUCUAGCCCCCUCCAGCAGUAGCAAAUCCCAAUUUUCUUCAAAAAGCAUCAUUGAAAGGAUUAUACUGCUAGGUUACUCUCCGGGAGCAAAGAAUGCUCUAAUUGAGCCAGGAAAUCAAAAGGUUGAAAUUGAACUUGGACCACUUAUGCUUGAAUGGGGACGUGGUUCUUCUGUUGUAACCAUCCGCAAACCAGCUGUCCAAGUCUCCGAUGACUGGACAAUCAAAAUUUUGUAA